GUCUUUACGAUCACCGAAAUUGUCUCACCAGUUAUCUCACUAUAUUUUACUACAUCUACCCGAGCUUUCAUCAUGCAAGCCGUGGUUUUUAAGGGUCCUCUGCAAGUCGCUCUCGAGCAACGACCCCGACCACAAAUUCAAGACCCCACCGACGUGAUUCUCAAAGUGAGAUAUACCGCGCUAUGUGGAAGUGAACUGCAUGUUUAUCGGGGUCAUCAGCCCUCAGGGACGGGGUUUAUCAUGGGCCAUGAGUUUACAGGCGAGGUUAUCGAAAUGGGCCCCGAAGUGAAGACUUUCAAGCAGGGCGACCGAGUUGUCUCCCCGUUUACAGUCAGCUGUGGUGAAUGCUUCUACUGCAGCAGCGGAUUCUCUUCCAGGUGUGCGCGUGGGCAGCUGUAUGGUAGCGCGGGGCUGGAUGGCGGCCAGGCGGAGUACGUUCGUAUCCCUCUGGCCGACUCGACCCUUCUCCAUGCGCCUGCAGCCAUCGACGAGAAGAAGCUAGUUCUGAUGGCCGAUAUCUUCCCGACCGGCUACUUCGCUGCUAGCAACGGAUUUCGUGGACUGGAGCCCAAGGCCGUCCAGAAUAGCACGGUGCUUCUGUUUGGAUGUGGGCCAGUGGGUAUUUGUGCCCUGGUCAGUGCUUUGGAGUUCCGUCCCAAGCACUUAAUCGCCAUCGACAGCGUACCGUCACGUCUCCAGCUGGCGGAGAGUCUCGGGGCCGAGGCCUGGAAUUUCCAAGAGAACGAGGCGGGCCUGCGUGACCGAGUCAAGGAGAUCACAGAUGGUCGUGGUGCGGACAUUGUGAUCGAAGUUGUGGGCCACAGCAGUGCCCUGAGAAUGGGAUUCGAGCUAGUUCGCCCGUGGGGAGUCAUGUCGAGUGUCGGCGUACACAAUGGCGAGAUUCCCUGGACUGGUAACGAGGCUUACGGAAAGAACCUUCGCCUCCAAAUGGGACGAUGCCCCGUUCGCAGUAUUUUUGAACCUGCCAUGGAUUUGCUCGCCAAGAAGCAGGACGUCUUGAAUUUCAUGUCCCAGGAUAUUCGUCCACUGUCACACGCAGUCCAAGCGUAUGAUGAUUUCAACCAUAUGCGCUGCCAAAAAGUGAUAUUUGAAGCCGACAAAUGA